GAAGCUACUACCUUUUUCGCUUCUAUCCGCUAUUACUCGUCACCACAUCGCUCAGUCUUGCACGAAAGCUUACGCGUUGUAGAGCGUUUUUUCUUGCUUCAUACGCGUUAAAAAAAGUACUUUUGAAAAGGACUCUUAAGAAUACGUCGUAAACGAAGUGUAUCCAUUAAGGACAUUAAAAGAAUUGUGGUGAAAAUGUUCAAGAUUUUAUUGAGUGCAACUUUAUGUGUGGCCAUGUUUGGCUCUUUGGCACAUGCUCAAUGCCAACAACCAAACGGCACACAAGCGGUCUCUGGCUCCUGCGAUGCUUACAUUGAGUGUAAGAAUGGUGUUGCCGAAGAGAAACUCUGUCCUGACGGUUUGCUGUACAAUCCAAAAUCUUCCGGCUAUCCCUGCGGCUAUCCAAUCGACGUAGAAUGCUCACAAGGACAAGCCCGCUCCCAGCCUGCACAGCCCACGGACGAGUGUCCACAUCAAUUCGGUUACUAUGGCAUGGGCGAUGCACGUAAUUGUGGCAAAUUCAAGAACUGCGCUUCCGGACGUGGUUAUGUCUUCGACUGUCCCGACGGUUUGGCAUGGAAUAAGGAAACUUACAAAUGUGAUUGGCCCGAUCAAGUUGCCGACUGUGAUGCAGAAGCUUUCUUGGGUUUCAAAUGUCCACCACCAAAACCAUCGCCCAGAGGACAAUUUAUCGGCGAACCAGAACUGGAAUACGAAUUCUAUGCAUCGAACGAUAACUGCCAAGUGUAUUUCAUUUGCAUAGAGGGUCGUCCACGUCGUAUUGCCUGUGAUGAAGCGAGCGCUUUCAAUCCGGAAACUCAAACAUGUGAUGACAUCGAAAAUGUGCCCACUUGCAGUCCUGAUAUUCAGCAACGCGGUCAGGAGAUCAAGAAUGCCCGUCUGUCUGCGCAAACGGCGGCCGCAUCGAAGAGGAGAUUCUAGAAGCACAAAUUAAUACUAACUCUCUUUUUUACUUUGUUUAAUAUCUCUCUUAUAUAAUGCUCUAGUCCAUAGUAAAGAAAAUAUGAGUAGAAUCUAUUUGGCAACUCUGUAUGUUUGUUAUUCAAUAAAAUCGUAGAAAAGAA